UCUGCUUCGUAUUUAUUUCUUCUUUGGAGAACAGAUUGGGACAAACAAGCCGAGCUAGUAAGUGAAUCUCUGAUUUUCGUGCGCGGCUUCCUACCGUACGUAGCUAGUGUGUGUUUUGUGCUCCACGCCCGCCGCUCACUUGCCUUCGCUCGUCUGCAAAACCGAAAAAAUGCGUAUCGUUUUAUAACCAGUUUGGUAUCACUGAAGCGGACCACCAUGGAAAGGGGGCAUAUGGUUUCUUUUAAGUAGAGAUUCUGUUCGCCGUGGCAGUUGUCACGACACCGAACUUGAAGUAGUUACAAUCUAUUUCCAACCUGGUCACCAAAAGCCAAAAGACAUAUAGGGACUUGUAAAAUGAUAGUUAUUUAAAAUUUUUCUGGACAAUUACUAUUGGUUUUAAUUAAACUGACUCGAGUGUGUUUUCGACCUCAUUCCCAGGGUCCUCUCCUACCCGGCCCAUCUCUCGCUCCGGGGGCCAAGUAGGAGAAAGAGGAUGAUGUAAACACACUAUACGACAAGUUAGCGACAGAUCACUCAGUGUGUACAGGUCGGGCGACUAGUUGCACCCAUAUGUCGCUGCGACAAAUCGCUUCGUGUGUGCUGGAGACCUUUUGUGAAAAUCUUUGUCUCUGCAGCAGAAUUUUGUCGCUGCAACAAGUCNACAGGAUUUGUUUGGAACACCAAUAUGGCCGCCGUGACGACAUGUGAAUACGCUCUAUAAAAUCACAAUGAGGCCACUGUAUUGCCAUGGAUGCGCCGUUCGAGUUUUUUUUGUUUGAGGCAUCUUUGCAUUUCGUGUACAAAGAGAGUAGGUGUUGUCAAUUUAAAACUGUGUCGAGGCACCUUUUAAUCUCUUUUCUUUUGUCCUCUUGUCUUUCUUUUUCCUCUUUUUUACUUGUACCUAACCUCAGAUACAGUAAAAGUUUAUUUCUCUUUUUUUCUGUUUCAUUUUAGUCUGCUUCGUAUUUAUUUCUUCUUUGGAGAACAGAUUGGGACAAACAAGCCGAGCUAGUAAGUGAAUCUCUGAUUUUCGUGCGCGGCUUCCUACCGUACGUAGCUAGUGUGUGUUUUGUGCUCCACGCCCGCCGCUCACUUGCCUUCGCUCGUCUGCAAAACCGAAAAAAUGCGUAUCGUUUUAUAACCAGUUUGGUAUCACUGAAGCGGACCACCAUGGAAAGGGGGCAUAUGGUUUCUUUUAAGUAGAGAUUCUGUUCGCCGUGGCAGUUGUCACGACACCGAACUUGAAGUAGUUACAAUCUAUUUCCAACCUGGUCACCAAAAGCCAAAAGACAUAUAGGGACUUGUAAAAUGAUAGUUAUUUAAAAUUUUUCUGGACAAUUACUAUUGGUUUUAAUUAAACUGACUCGAGUGUGUUUUCGACCUCAUUCCCAGGGUCCUCUCCUACCCGGCCCAUCUCUCGCUCCGGGGGCCAAGUAGGAGAAAGAGGAUGAUGUAAACACACUAUACGACAAGUUAGCGACAGAUCACUCAGUGUGUACAGGUCGGGCGACUAGUUGCACCCAUAUGUCGCUGCGACAAAUCGCUUCGUGUGUGCUGGAGACCUUUUGUGAAAAUCUUUGUCUCUGCAGCAGAAUUUUGUCGCUGCAACAAGUCGCAAAAAAAAAAAAAAAUGUGCGACUUGUUGCGGCGACAAAAUUCUGUUGCGGCUACAGAGAUUUUCACAAAAGGUCUCCAGUACACACGAAGCGAUUUGUCGCUGCAAAAAGUCGCCGCGACAUGUUGCUGCAACUCUUGUCGCGUAGUGUGUACCGACUCUUAGGAUUUUAUAGGAACAUUUCUUAGUUCGAUGAUGGUUUUUCAUUUGUCAGGCACAGCGAAGAACAGGAGCCAAGACUGUCAAAGAUUUAACCUCUGGAAACUUACUAAAUGGUCAUUUCGCUGGACAGUCCGCCGAAAAACACAGAGGUGCGAUGAUUUGUACAGGGUCCGGGGAUAAAACUGAUUAGGAAUUCCUCUUAUGCCUCUGAUAACAAGACCAAAUAAAGUUAUGUUAAAAACGGGCAACAAAAACGUGCAACGUGUUUUGCGACAUCGCUGCAGAGCGAUGUUACGCGUUUUACCACUUACGUUCAGACCUGUCUUGCACCAAAUUAAGGUUGCUUUAAGUUGCGUGACUCUAAAAAUGUCUCUCUGAAAAUGUUUCCAUUCAAAUGAGACCUCUUUGGCAGAACUUUUGCUUAAUCACACUUCUUAGUAAAAACCGUAUUUUGCUAAAAGGAAUGAUUUUUUCGUGAUUUUUUUUUGCGGUAAGUAGUUAACAAAACAUUUCUGCUGCCUCAUGAUUAUUUUUGUAGUUGAGUUUUAUCCUCCAAGCCCGAACCUUCAGCUUAAUACAAAAUGUUUGUAAAAUUAUGUGUCGAUUUAUUUCAGACCUAAAUCUUGCAAGCUGGAUCCACAAGACGUCGUCUUUACUGUUUCUUAAUCACGUCGAUGCUGAUAACUCUCAGUUUAGACUUGCUUUACUUUCAAAUGAUGGGAGCACUUCAGAGAGAGAUAGUCAUCAAGAAGAGAUUAAAUCUGAAGCAACCGCUGAUAUAAAAAGAAGUCAUAAUCUUACUUCAUCACAAAAGAGAACUCUUAUUGUAAAGCGACUUAUCCCUCUCGUAAUAUCUCUGAUGAUUUUAGGCGGUGCUGUAGCCGUACGGUUCCUAAUUCCGUUACCUUCGUCGCACGUGACCUCUUCAUUUGGAAAUGACACACUUACUGCGAAUACUUCCUAUAAUAAUCUAACAACUAACUUAGUAACUUGA